CGGGGCCAUUUCAACCAAGUCCGUCUGUCUAGAUCGCAAAAGCUAUAAGGAUAGACAUACACACUGAAAUAAUAAAAUUUCCAUUUAUUUUUAUUAAUUCAUAAAGCAUUAAUCAAUAAAUAACUCUGAGCAGUGAAGGUUCCAAGGCUGUCAGAAUUAGGGUGUAGUUUUUUUAAUUGUCCAGUUACAACUAAAAUAUGAGAGCUUAUCGCUGAACCUUGGCUUAUUUUCAAGUUGACGAUCUUAUGUUAUGUGAAUCGGAUGAUGAGCUACAUAUAAAUAUAGGCAGUCGAGCCCGUGGCUAUUUAGUUUAACUUUUCCCGCGAUUCGAAAGAGUUUCGAUUCAAUGUUCAAGUAUUUGAUAGUUUGCCUAGCACUCUGUUCAUUGGCCGUUAGCGAACGGGUGCGAAAAAGUUUUAGUGAAGUCGAUGUGGGUGUUCGCAAAUGCUUCAAAGAGAAUUCAUUGACUGCGGAGCAAACCGCUCAGAUACUGCGUAAGGAAAUUCCCGAUGAGCCCGAGGUGCGUCAACUUCUGCUGUGCUCUUCUCUGGCGCUGGAUAUAUUCUCCAUCCCCGAGGGGUUUGAUGUCGAUCGCAUGAACAAAAUGCUCGUCACAAAUCUGAGUAAAGACGAGAAACAGCAAAUUAUCCACAAAUGCGUGGAUAGUAACGAGCAGAAGAAUCCUCCCGAUGAGUGGGUAUUCCGUGUUCACAAGUGUCUGGCGAUCUUGUUAUAGCCAAAAAGUCUGAAGCCUAAGACCCAAAUAAACUUGAAUGAAAAAUGUUAAUUUUUUGGAAGGCAGAUUUAAUAGAUUAGAGCAGACGGACCCCAUAACAUAUAUAUGUAUGUAUAUUCUGAACUAGCAUCGACAGACAAGCCAAGUUCGUCUGUCCGUCCAUAUGAACAUCUGGAUCGCAAAAGCUAUAAAGAU